AUGGCCUCUGCAUUCUUCGAUGAGGCGGCCGAUGCCAUUGGCGCAGACAAUGUGUCUCGAGACCGCCUCACCGGUUCGUUGCCAGGUCCAAUGGGUGAAGUAUUGUACGGAGACGUAUGGGAUCUAUUUCCCCAGAAGCCCAUCGGCGCAGUCCGGCCUAGUUCUGUGGAGGAGCUGCAACAGGUCAUUCGACUCGCCAACAAGCAUCUCGUACCUCUGUGGACCGUGUCUCGAGGAAAGAACUUGGGCUAUGGAGGCACUACGCCCGUCGCAGAAGGCAACGUUGUUCUUGAUCUCCAUCGGAUGAACAAGAUUGUCGAAAUCAACGAGGAGUUUGGCUACGCAAUCGUCGAGCCAGGCGUCUCCUUCUUUGAUCUCUACGAGGAGAUCAAGCGUCGCAAGCUCAAGCUAUGGAUGUCCGUGCCUGCGAUCGGUUGGGGCUCGGUCGUCGGGAAUGCUUCGGAGCGAGGCUUCGGCUUCACUCCCCUUGGCGUCCACGCCGACGCGCAAACUGGUCUCGAGGUGGUGCUACCGAGCGGCGAGUUGCUUCGCCCUGGCAUGGGCGCUGUUUCUGAUCAGAUGUUUGCGCUUUACAAGGAUGGUUUCGGUCCCGGUCUCGAGAACAUGUUCAAGCAGUCUAACUUGGGUGUCAUCACCAAGUUGGGGAUGCACAUGUACCCUGCACCGGAAGCCUAUAGCCGCUGUGUACUAUCCGUGCCACGGGACGCAGAUUUCGUUCGAAUGGUGGACACAAUGGCAAAUCUCCGACGCCGGGGUGUCGUUGGAAACGUUCCGCACGUUUGGGACAUUCAGCGACAAGUCGCCAUUAACCGAGACAUGGACGUUUUGCAACUGAUGCGCCCGCACUGGGGAGCUGAUAAAGCAUAUCCCCUCUCUCUCUACGAGGAAAUUAUCCAGAAAACAGGAUGGCACUGGUGGUACUGCCAAUUCGCUCUGUACGGCUCGCCUGAGAUCGUCAAGGCCCAGCUCGAAACCGUCAAGCGUGUCAUCUCCCAGGACUUACCUGGCGCGAAGCUUCAGGUGUGGGACCACGUUGCCUCACCAGGCGAGGUGCUCGACGCAACGGUGGAAACAGACGCGAUACCGAGUCCCACUGGCGUACCGUCUAUUCUUGGCAUUCAAAUGCUGGAUAUGAUCCGCGGAGAAGGUACGGGCCACACCGACUUUGCGCCUGUUCUGCCACCAUCCGGCAAACUUAUCUACGAGUGGUUCACGAAGGUCAGGGCAAUGUGCAUAGAGGCUGGCUUCAACUGCGAAGCCGACUUUCACAUCCAUGCUCGUUACUCAAUCCCCAUGGCCCUCAUCUGCUUCGUCCGUUCAGAGAGAGAGCGUGUCAGCCAGCUGUACCCCAAAAUAGUGGACGCAACCACGGCCCUGGGCUAUAUCUCAUACCGCGUGCAUGUUGGCGCCAUGGAUCAAAUUCUUGGAGCUCACACGUUCAAUGAUGGAGCUCUGGGCAAAUUCUUGACGAGCCUGAAGGACCACAUGGACCCUAAUGGAAUCUUAUCGCCCGGCAAGUCUGGUAUUUGGAAUUCGGCGGCAAAGGCAGGGCGUUGA